AUGAAUCACAAACCUAGAGAGAAAGUUCUUGCUCACUUUCCAAACACAGCUGCUGAGUGCCAGCGAUAUGGCCCAGAUAUAACCAGCCAACCAAUUCCGGUGGUUCCUGCUGCUCAUUAUAUGUGCGGAGGAGUUCGUGCUGGGCUCCAAGGGGAGACAAAUGUGCGAGGACUUUAUGUGGCAGAUGAGGUUGCGUGCACAGGUUUGCAUGGAGCAAACCGCCUUGCUAGCAACUCGUUGCUUAAGGCACUAGUAUUUGCAAGAAGAGCUGUGCAGCCUUCAAUAGAUCAGAUGAAGAGCUGUCACAUUGGACAUGCUGCUUCUGAUUGGUGGGCUAGACCAGUUGUGCCAGCCCAGGUCACUCGGGAUCAAUAUAUUGGGCAAAAUCAAUUCUAG